UGGAUACAGAGAAGGUUCGGAGCUCAUGAUCUGGCGACUAGUGUGGAACUGAUUCGUUUUGUUUUCUUUCCUAUUUAGAUUACAUUUUCCAUAUGCUUUGUAUGUUGCCAGUAUAUUUCACGUUGUAUAAUGUAUCCUUUUAAGGUUAAGGAACGUUCCUUAAAUAAUUCUUAACAAUAGUUAAACUAUUUUUUUCCUAAUUCUAAUAUGUAAACAUAAAGCCAAAUAUAUACUUCAUGUGUUUACAUAACAGAAAAGCUAAAACUAAGCUGUAAAAUGAAGUAGAAAACGUAGUAAACUGAAAUUAGCGAGAGUAAUUGAAUGAGGAUAGCUCACUGGGGUUUCACUGGGGAGAGAAGGACCCCUAUCAGUGGUGACAGGCCAGGGUGGAGAUAAUGCAUGUAAAAGAACACUACUAUAUGACUACUUUCUGUACAGUCUCACAGCCUUGAUUUCUUUGCCUCUUCUAGACUUUUCCUUUUAGGCAUCCACAAGAUCUCUUUAAAAAUAGCAGUAAAGGUGAUGACAGAGCCUAAGGCAGGGCAAACUACAAGCUAGCACACUGCCCCCACUCCCCCAGGUGGCAUAUGUGGGAUAUUCCUCAGGCACUGCUGGCUGCCCAGGGACAAAGGAGAGGAAAUAAACAAGUAGCUAACUGAUAGAGAUCACAGUCAUGCAGGACCAGAGUCUCCCUCAGUUCACAAAUAUCUUAGUAAAUUUCAAGAAAAAGUCAAUCUUAUCAAAUAGCCUAAUCUCCAGAAACCUGUAGAAUCAGUUUGCUGGAGCCCCAACAUCACCCUUCCAUAGUGAUAUAGGAAACAAAGGCAAGAAGGAAAUGGCAGGUAAAAUUAAGUGCCGUAUAACCUGCGGCCCAUUGACAAAUGCUUGAGGCAAAUACAGAGUACCACGUUUCUCCAGGAACCCCCUACCGUCCUAAUGUUAAUGCCUUACUAGAGGAAAACCAACCUUAGCUUGAUAAUAGCAAGGCCUCAGGUAUCUUAGGAGUCCUCUUUAGCAUACCAAAGUCCCUCUGGAGGCCUUCCUUUUGUCUUUACCUCCCCCCCCCCCCCAGCCAUAGCGUAUAACCAGUCAUUGUUCACAACCACAGUGCAGCUCUUCCUGCCCACAGGUCCUGUCCGCCUGCUUUAAUAUCACCUUUUUGCACCAAAGACGUCUUCAAGAAUUCUUUCUUGGCCGUCAGCUCCAAACCCCACGAACCCCACCAUCACCCCAAAACUUCAUCAAAGGUGCCUUUUCUUGGAACAGAGAGCCUAGCUUUCCCACGGGUCAUGCUUCAGAUGAUGUGUUCUGAUGAAAUUAAAUCACUGUGGGUAUAAUUGUAGAAAGAUGUAGCUACAUCUGGUUCUGUAUAUAACAGAUUUCUUAUUUUGACUCUGAUACUACAGACAUAGAAAGUUCUGUUUGCUUAAAUACAAUUUCCAAAAUAGCGCCAGUCGCUUACUUUUUUUUUUUUUUCUUCCUACUUUUGGACAAUCAGACCACAUACUCUACUAAGCAGGCCAGUAAGCAAUCAGUAAGCCCCGAUUUAAUGCAACAUCUCUUGAUCUUUGACGUUUUCUUCCUCAAUUAAAUAUAGUUUUAGCAUUGCAGUUUUAUUAAAAAACAGCAUUAAAAUGGGCACUAAGGUAAUUAGUUCUGGGAUAUUAAAUAGGAGAAUUGGUUAUUGAAUAUUUACUACUAUACUCACUGCUCAUAAAUGGUGAUAGCUUCUUAUAUCUGACCAUUUACAUUGUUACACUGUCAGUUGUUACAUCUGCCAGUUGGGAUCCAAUAGCACAUUUGCUUGUGACGUGAUUAUGGUCUGAGUGUUACAGCACCUCCAUCCUCCUACAGGCUGUGUGGUGAUUCCAUUGUCCCAUCUCUUUACCGCAAAAACUUCAUGCAGGUGAUGUGACACUUUGGAUUGUCACUUAGCACAGGUUUGAGCUCAAACAAAAGCUCAAAUAUGAGUUCUGGUGUCAUGUAACUGGUUAUCCUGAUGGUACAGAAGAGGUUCUGAUAACAUAUUUAGAGUGUAAUCAAAAUGAAAACAUAGUAAUCUCUAGCUUGUGGAGCCUGGAGAGCAGACCUCCAGAGACCCUCCGCUUAUCCAUCACGAUUGUGAAAGACCACAGCAUAUGAAAUCAUAGAAAGGACCCUAUGAGUAGCAACGUCCUCAUUUUCAGGUGAACACCUGUUUUUCACACAUCUGAAUAUCCAAUGCUCUUGCAUUUGGGUGGGUUCCGUGAGCUCCAGGCCAACACUCACUGAAGGAUUUGGUUCUUUUGCAUCUUUGGUAUGAAGGGCUUGAUGCCCUGUGUUGGGGGAGGUCAUUGAGAGGAUGUGACCACCAGCUGACCCAUGAGCUGGACCCUGGCAGCUGGAGGCUCCUCACCCCCUCUCCUGUCCUUGCAAUGUGUGCUCUGGGUGCCUUCCUGGCUCCCAGAAGGUGCCCCAAGGACAUAGCCUUGAGGCAGUGUAGUGAUGUGAUGUUGAGACAUCUGGACGGUACCUGUGGCUGAACCCAGUUAAAGCUUCUAUAUAAAUUUUUAAUAUUCUAGUGGGUGGGUAUGGAAAUGUACUCAUCUUACAGCUGCCCCCAAACAAGCAUCAUAUAUAAAUUCCCUUGCUUAUUAAACUUGCCACCUACAGAUCUGGGGUGAAUUAUUUCUUUCUUUGGUCUCAAUCCUGACCUACCCAUAUGAGGACUGGUUUCAGAUUACACGGGGAAACUCCUGAGAAGGUGUAAUCUAAGAGAUUACACUGAGAGAGGGGGAUUUUGGAUUCCAGGAAGGAAUUUAGAACCUUGCCACCAAAAUCACAAUUGCAGUGAAAACAGUUGAGUGGGAUGUUUUUCUGCUGAGCUGCUUUGGGGCUUGUAUCUUCCGGCACCAGGAUGGCUGAAGGGCAAAGACCACUUCCUGAAGCUGGACUUGAAGAUACUGUCCCUGAACUCACAAACGAUUGGGCACAGGGACUAAAGAUGCUGUCUCCGGGACACUGAGAACAGUGGCUGUAAUUAAUAAUCCUCACGUCAAUAAAACAUUACUUUUUAUUUCUCAGCCUUUAAAGAGUUGUUUAAAAGAAGAUUCUUACCAAAGCAAUACAUGUCUAUGAUUGAAAGCAAUAUCCUGCCCCGAUCAUAUUUCCAUGAGGCAACUGCUAAGUCUUUUUCAGCUCUUUUUCCUCCAUGUGUCUAGGUAUAUGUUUUACUCCUAUUUCUUGAAUUACCAACUUUAGACCAACUUUAUCUUUUCUUUUUUUAAAAAAAGUUUUUAUUUAAUUAUGAGAGAGAGAGAGUGAGCACAAGUGGGAGAAGAGCAGAGAGAGAGAGGGAGACACAGAAUCUGAAGCAGGCUCCAGGCUCUGAGCUCUCAGCACAGAGCCUGCUGCAGGGUUUGAACCCACGAACUGAGAGAUCAUGACCUGAGCCAAAAUCGGAUGCUCAACUGACUGAGCCACCCAGGUGCCUGAGACAUUAUCUUUUUUACCAGGCAGAUGGCAUUUGCAUCCCUACUAUACAAAAAUCAUGUGCUCUUUAUCUAUUUGCUAAAGUUAAUAGAAGUAGUAAGUCAAACAAAAUAUAUUUAUAGAGAGUUAGAUAAACUUUGGGUGGUCCUGUUAGACAAUGCUCUGGUAUGACAUUGGAAAGGCACACAAUAAUCCUUUCGCCUUUUUCAGAAUUUGGAUAACUUCUCUGAAUGAUAUCAUUUUCCUUCAGCCUUUUCUUUUUAGGGGUAAGGAAUGCGGGGGGAGGUACAUGGGGUGGAAGUGACUUGCAGUGACCAUUAGUAGUAGGUUUGGGAAUGUGAUCCUCUUGAUUUCAAUUUCCAUCCCCUGGUGUUGGGGUGUUAGGAAGCACUGUUUGAGAAAUUAGCAACAAUUACCCAAAGCAAGACAGCAGAAUAAAGUAUGAUCCCCCUUGUUCCCAUCAUUGGGGCUGUCUAGCAGGGUGUCAGCAGAUGACCCACCCAGGGUGGAACAUUCCUGGCCACCUAAGCAUUGUUAUGUAAUGGUGUAAGUGCUGAAAUAUAUUGUGUAUCUAUAUUUCUCAAACUUGAAGUAAUAUCAGAAUCAUCUGGGGUCUGAACUACAAGCUCAGGUGUUUGGGCUCACUCUGGACCCAGUAAACUAAAACCUAUUCCCUGCAUAAUUCCUACUUAGUAGGUUUAGAGCAGGGAUGAAGAAUCAAUAUUUUACUAAUGACCUUAGGGAAUAGAAUGCACUCCCACUGUUCACAUGCCCACAGGGCAGCUGAAGACAAAGCCUGGCUAAGGUCAACUAGCAGAGUGAUUUUAUUUGCUUGGGUAGCCAGUGACUCUUCUGUGGUUGAUGCCUUCUGGUGGACAUUAACAAAAAAUACAAACAUCUUCGCAUUUUGUGCGCAUUCCCAUAUGUCCAUCCACAUGUCUUUACUCCAUAUCUCCUUAUCUUUUAGUCUUCUGAUCAGUGAGUGGGCAUUGACCACUGCCCAAGAAUCUAUAUGUAUUGUCCUUUUGGGACAUUGUUUUUUUGUUUCGUUUUUUUGGGACAUUUUGUAUUUUGUUUUGUUGUCUACUUGUGUGUUCUUGCAGUUCACUGAAUUUCUUUAAGAGGGUUAUUCAGAGUUCUUUGUCAGACCAUUUUUCUCCAUUUCUUUAGGGUCAGUCAUUGGAACUAUAUUAACUUUCCUUGGCGAUAUCAUGUUUCCUUGAUUAUUUGUGAUCCUUGUGGCCUUUAUUGGUGUCUGUGCAUUUAAGGAAGUAGGCACUUCUUUCAGUCUUGGCAGGCUGGCUUUGGAAGGGAAAGCCCUAUACCAGGCAGCUUGUCCAAAGAUUCUGCGUGGGCUUGUUCUAAAGUCCUCAGACAGGCAGGUCUGGUGCCUGGAUCAGCAGGUGGGCAGACCUGGUGCUUGGGUCCAUAGGGGCCGGUCUGGUGUCUGGGUUCACUGGGACAGGCCCAGUGCCUGUCUGUGGUGGUGGGCCUGGGACCCGGGUCUAUGUGGGUGGGCCUGGUGUCUGGGUCCACAGGAGCUGGCCUGGAAGCUGAGACAUGGAGGCCACCCUAGCAGUUGGGCAAGCCUGAGCCUGGGGCCAUGGGAGUCAGCCUGUAGCCUGUAGCUGCAGGGGCCAUGAAGGACCACUUGAAUCCACGGGGGCUGGCUUGGAGGCUAGGGCCCAGGGAAAUGUCUGGAGACUGGAGCUCUAGGAUCCAACCUGGUGCCGGGGUGGGCUGGGAGCCUGCAUCCAUGGGAGCCCAUGUAGAGCGUAGGUUUAUGGAGGGGGGAGCCUGUCUAAAGCCUGAGGCAAUGGGGCUGGCCUGGUGCUAGGGUGAACAGGUGGCCUGGACCCACAGGAGACUGCCUGGACCUUGGCCAAUGGUAGCAGCAUGGCACGGGGGCAGGCCAGGACCCUCCUUCCAUGGGAACUUAUUUGGGGUCUAGGUCUGUGAAGGCUGGCCUGGGUGCUGGGGCAGGCUGGUAGCCUGGGUCCAUGAGAGUGAGCCUGAUACUAGAGAGGGCCAGGAGUCUGGAUUUGCAGGAAGUUGCCUGGAGCCUGGAUUUGUGGGGGGUCUUCCCAGUGCUGGAAGCCUGGGUUUGUUGGAGCCCACCAGAAAUCUGGGGCAUGGUAACUGGCCUGGUGCCAGAGUAGGCCAAGAGCCUCAGGCCACAGAAGUCAGUCUGGUGCUGGUGUGGGCUGGUGGUGGAGUCUGCUGUGAAGUCAGUUCCUUACUUCACUCUUCUCCUGUGAACUGGAUGUCUCUCUCCAUGCUGGGAUACUCUGGCUUGGGGGAUGGGUGAUGGGAGUAAUAUGAAAUUAUAUUUCCUACCCUUUUUUCAAUGUAUCUUUUCUUAUUUCUAUGCUCCACCCAGGUGCUGUCAUCCCUCACCUGAAAUUCUUAACUCUUGUGAAGGUAUUUUUGUGUAUGGAUAAUUGUUCAAACUGAUGUUUCUGGGAGGCAAAGAGUGCUAGAAAUUCCUAUACCCUCAGCUUGCUUUACUCUCUAAUUCUCUCCUCUGCUGUGUGUUGUCUGUUGCCAAAUACAAAUUUUGGUUUAUUUUAAUUUUAUUUGUUGUAUUAUAUUGUUCUAGAGAUGCUGUUUAAUGCUUCCAAAUCUGCCACUUUUCAUAGUUUGCUAUUCUAGGAAAACAUCCAUGUUUGUCAUUUGCUUCUUAAAUAUGGUUAGGAUAGUUGUUUUAAGCUCUGUGUAUAAUAAUUAUAAAACCAGAUGUCUGUGUAUGUUCCUACUAUCUUGCUUUGUCUGUUUUUUUGGUUCUUGUUCUUGUGAUCUUGUUUACUUAUAUGCCUGGUGAUCUUCAACUCUUUGUGGCUUGUUGCCUUUGUAAAAUUAUUUAAGUGGCUCUGCCCUCCUCUAGAUGGGUUUUCUCUUUUUGUUUCUGGUGGAAAGCAUUUGGCCUACAUUAAACCAAAUGCAGUUUGAGAGUUCCUGGCUCAAUCAAACUGUGAGUACUCAAAGGGAAAAUCCUCAUGGCCACAGCCUUCCAGGAAUUACUUCUUUUCUUUAUAUCUUUCCUUCACCCACUUUGUUCAGUGUCAAGACCAUCUACUUCAUGGGUUCCAGAGAUUGGGUGAAUCUAGAUCUGGUUUGCUUGCCUAGUCCUAGGCAGCCCCUGAGUCCUGAUCUCUCUCUCUCUUUCUCUCUCUCUCUCUCUCUCUCUCUCUUUCUCUCUCUCUCUCUCUCUCUCUCUCUCUCUCUCUCGUGCUGGUGUGACUAGAGUAUGGCAUGGGUGCAUGCUAUAGCAGCACAGAACAUAUCGUGGCUUUAAGGCUCCUUUAUUUCAGAUCCUGAUUCUAUAUGUCUGGGAUAAAGCCUGAGAUUCUGCAUUUCUGACAAGCUGCCAGAUGAUGCCAAUGCUGCUGGUCCACAGAUCAUACUUUGAACAUCAGGGAUGUAUAGAACAAGGACUCUUUCAUUUAAUAACUUGGCAAUAUGUGAACAAUAGUCAAAUUGAGUGAUGGGAAUUGUGCUAUAUAAAUUGGGAGAGAUUUAUGGAACCGAGGGGACUAUGUUAGACCAUGACCUGACUAGUGAAGGAUAGAUAUGGAUGGACAAGGGAAUGAAAUCCUAAUUCAGAUCCAGUUCGGGCUACUUGAAGAGAGAAGAAAGGCUAUAUCUCUAGAUUUUAUUCAUAUGGAGUUCUUUUUUUUACAGGGAAAGAGGUUUCCUUCACAUAUUUUGACCCAGUUGCCCUUCUCAGGAUCACCCACCACCUUGGUGGUAAAGGAUGCACCUCCAUUCUAGGGAGACAUAAGUUGAGGUCUUGUAUUAUCUGGUAUCACCAAAGCCCCCAUCACCUCAACUAAUGGCACUGUGGACUAAGUGCCUAGGCUACACGGAGCUCCAUGUAUUUAUAGGAUGAAAUAAUGAAUCUGAAAGGCUCCACAUCUUAUUAGCUGUGGUCCUGAAUGAAUUUGCAUUAGUAUAUGCAACAUCCAUAUCAAUGUGUCCUGAAUGUUUGCUUCUUUGUACCUUAUGGCAGGACAUUGAGAUCCUCUCCUCAAGAUAUCCAAGUGGGUCCAGUCCUAUAUAAGGAACAUGGGGGUGAUGUCAUAGGCUCUGGACUUUCUUCUUUGAGCAUGGAAAUCAACUCAUGCUAAUGGAUACCUGCGGAAACUCCUCUUCAUAGCCGCAGAUUGAUUUUGAAUCCUAGUUUUGACUCAGACAUACCUACUGCACAUUUGAGUAUGAAUGCUUCAUGAUUCCACACUCUUGAGGGAAUGGCUAUGGAGCUACUCAGGACAAGAUCAUAACGACCUUUAUAUCCCACUGUGCAGUGAGAAUCCCUUGGAAGACUAUAUAGUGUGAACUUGAGAGUGUCUUUAUGUGUUAGGUAGGCUGAUAAGGUAGCACAAAUGUCAAGAGCUAGGAUGAUCUACUGGUAGUCAAAGCAAAAAGGCUGGUAGAGACAAAUAGGCUGAUCUGGGGUCUAGUGACAGACAUAGGAGACUCAAUAGGCCAGUUGCUACAGGAAGGUGUCAUGUACUGGGGACUUUGCAUACUCUUCUUUAACCAAUACAAUAAUCCAGCAAGGUACAAUGCAUUCAUAUAACAGUCAUCUUGGGAUCAGAGAUGUGAAAGGAUUGUGCCAAGGACACAAGUCCAAAAGUUGCAAAGCCUAAUUGUGAACAUACAUCUUUUGAAUACGAGUCUCUGGCUCUUGAAUACUAAACUACUGUCUUAGUCUGUUUUCUCCCUGAGAAACCCUAGCAUUGUUUCAGAAGCUGGGGAGGCUAAGAUAUUAACCCACCAGUCCCUUCCCCCAUUGGCUGAGGUUGCUAUUGAAAUAAAUACCCUUGAGUUGUGAAGCAGACAGGUGCUAGAAACUGCCACAGUGAUGGAGUGAUGGUGAACUCAGUUGGGCUGAAGGGAUUGGGGCAGGGUAUCUACAACAUUGUCUAAGCUUUCCUUCAGGGAAAACCUAACGUGUGUUCCUAAUGUGUGUUUGCUAGAUUAGAGCACGGGAGCAUCUGGGAGGCAUACUCCCUGUCCCACUAAUCUAGGUCAGUGACCUAUAGUCCAUGAUGGGCAGGGUGCCCAGGAGCUGGCCUUGCCCAGGGGAGGCUCCCUUGAGUGGAGAAGCAGCAUGCAUACAGGCUCUGAAAAGCUAGAGAAGCAUACACUGGGGUGUUUUUACCUGGUCUGAGAUUGGUAGAGAAUAUGGUGAUUGUGAACCAGGAGUGGUUGCAAGCUACACAGGUCUUAGGGGACCCAUUCCUUCCUUAGUCUACUUCCUACCUUGAACCUAAUGGGGGCUUCCACUCCUAGGAAUAACAUUCCAGUGUGUCAUUUUGUGGCAAAAGAAUCCAGUCAUCAGCCCUGGGGCAGUCCCAUAAUGUUUCUUCCCUCAAAUUCAGUGUUGAUGACUAUAUUUCCUGGUUGUUGCUCUUAAGAGCUUACUUAGCAUGCCCUACUUUUUCAGGGUGAAUGGGCAAGUCACAGUCAUACUUGGUUGACAUUUACAUAAAGACUCACUGAAUCUCUGCACCAGGAACCAGAAAAUAUUCAGCGUCAGGCAGUCCCAACCCAAGUGAGGUAGAACCUCCUUCCUUCCCUGUGUGUAUAAAAAGCUUGGCACCUGUUGGAUUCAGUCAGAGCACCUAAGUCUGGAAGAAGCCAUAGUCCAUAAUAACAGAUUACAGGUGUAGUCUGAAGCCAUGAAACCUGCUGAUCUUUGAUCUUCUCUUGCUUCUGGGGAGUCCUAGACAGCUUUCCAGAGCCCUUGGAUGCAGCUAGAACCUUUACUUUGGAUCCAGAGUAAAAAGCAUCUCUUGGACAAAGACCUGCUGCUGACAACCUCCUCUCCAUCAUCUGAUUUACCUUGUCUUCUUCACAGGAAGCUCUGAAGCCAACAUGGCCACCCCCCAAGCGGUAGACUAUUCCAGAAUCUUUGGUGUUCAUGAUUCUCUACAGAUGGUGUGGGUCCUGAAUGGAAAUUCUUUAAUAACAACUCCUUUUAACAACAAUGUCAGUCCUGUCAGUCUGGAUUUAAUGACAUGUAUGGACAAAGAAUUCCAUGAUGCAGGAAAAGGCAAUCCAGUUUACUUGGGAAUCAAGAACAACCAUCUUUGUCUUUUCUGUGGAGAAAUUCAGGGCCAGCCAACUUUACAGCUUAAGGAGAAAAAUAUCAUGGAUGUACACAACAAGAAGAAAGCACAGAAGCCUUUUCUCUUUUUCCAUAAUAAGGAGGGCUCCACCUCCACUUUUCAGUCCGUCUCCUACCCUGACUGGUUCAUAGCGACUUCCAAAAUAGCAGGACAGCCUGUCAUUCUCACCAAAGAGAGGGGCAAAAAUUACAUCACUAACUUCUAUCUAGAGCCUCAGGACUAAAUUCAGCCUGGGCUGUGGGUAACUGAUUCCAGGAAAGAGGAUCAAGCAAUCAGAGAAUCUUCCAUUCGGAGACAUAGUAGGUCAUCUUCAUAGACCAACAUGCACUGAUGCCCAUCCAUAGCCCCACCUCAUUCUCGUCACCCAAAACUACCUUUUCCUCUAGAUGGCCAUUUGUGCACCAUGUUUCCUCAUAUGAACAUCACCCCAGUAUGAAACCUGAAUCACUUUUUAUUCUUUCCUGAUCUUGUCCCACUAUCCACUUAGUUGCCAAGUCCAGUUAAGUCAACAUCCCAGAUGCUUCUUACGCACACCCCUCUCUAUUCCUAUUCCUUCUGACAACCUAUGGCCUAGAGAUGUGAGUUCCAAGCAUUUUUGUUCAUACAACCCUAUCAAUAAAAGAGUAUUAUUUGUUAAUUCUCUGCAUGUAUUAUGAUAUG